AUGACACCAAUUGAAAAAACAAGCGGUCCAAAAAUAUCAGCUGAUGCUACUGCUACUUCCUCAUUAAGAGGAAAUUCCAAUUCACAAGCAUCUACAAAUGCAUCGAUUUUCAAAUCUGAAAAUAAAUCAACUCGUUCACCAGAUAAUUCAACUGAUUUUAUUCCUGAACAACCUAUUUCAGGAAAAAAACGUGCAUUGCCGCCGGAAUCAUCAAAAUUUGGCUUUUUACCUCUAGAUACAUUCAUAAAAGAAGAAAAACCACGAAAACCACGAACAAAAAAAACCAAAUCCUUGAAAUCCGAAUCAUCAUUAUCAUUGUAUCCAUUUAUAACAUCUCAGACAUCUUCACAACAACAUUCAACUUUAAUGCCAACUUCUUCCCUACUGCUACAACACAAUAAAAAACAAUCACAACAAAUACCAUCUUCAUCUCUGUCUCGUUUAACUCUAGAAACCUCACAACUAUUAUCAGCCUCAUAUUUACCUUUAUCAUUGAAAAAUCAAGAAGGCUUGUUACUUGAAAAUUCUCACAGAACUAAACGUGUAAGAAAGCAGUUUCAUGUUGAAUCAAUGUCUGCCGAGCCAUCUAUCUUGACCGAAGAUGGUUUUUGGAUUCCGACGGACAAAAAGAAAACUUCUGCAACAGAGUUAAAAGUAUAUUACGACACUUGUGUAAAAAAACUUCCUGACGCCACUCGAUCAGAAUUAUUGAAGCUUGGCACAUUAAUUCUCGAUAGACUCUUGGCACAAGGGUUUUCUAAACCUUUUGUAAAUCCUGAGUCUGAGUCUGCAAUAAUAUACAGAGAGUAUAUUCAUAGACUGAUGGAUCUAAAUACUCUUGAAUCUAAUUUAUGGUCAGGAAAAUAUCGAAAUCCCACAGAAAUGUUAAGAGAUCUUUUUCAGAUAAUGUUCAACGCUUUUAUAUUCCAUGAACAAAAUGGGGAUAUCAAAUCAUGUUUAUCAAAAUUUGAAAUGAAAUCACCACAUGAUGAAUUUCAAUCGAUUCAUAUCAAUGACUUCAAUCCUGAAAGCAAACUAUACCUUAUGCCUAUAUUUGAGUUUCGUCACAAAAACAAAAAAUACUCAUGUAUGAAAACUGAAGCAAUCGACAGACUAACAACAUUUAAUAAACCAAUUCUUGAACUUUUUGACAAUGAAGCUCUUCCUCCAACUCUAUUCGAUGAAACUGCGGUUACUUGUAACUUUGAUCGAUUAUAUAUUGCCAACAUCCAUUCUCAACUAUUAAGAUCUAUUCAAAAUGAUAAUUCCACUCUUCUAUUGCUUAAGAAUAUCAAAUGGACUCCAGAAACUAAUCAUUUCAAAUGUCAAAUAAUCAGAGCAAAGCCUUUUGGACGUUUUCACAAAUUAGAUCAAUUGGCCUUUAAUGAAUUAAGGGAUGGUAGAUAUUGGGUACGUAUAGCAUAUUUAAACAAGGUUGAAUUGGAGUUUGUUGCAACGAAAAGAUUCUAUGAUUUUUGCAUAAGAUAUCCAUUUGAAGUCAGAGACAUUGUUACCACUGCUACAACCAAUGCUACAACUGAUGAAACCAUCAAUACCUCCACAAUUCUUUUAAAUUAUCAAUCAGAUUUUGUCAACAAGAAUAGAAUGUUAAUUGACCCCCAAUUAUUAGAUAUUGAUAAUGAUGCUAAUUAUAUGUUGCCAUAUCAUCAAAUUACAAAUAAUAAUAACGAAAAUGGUGUUGGAAUUGAGAUGAUGACAGAUCCUCAAUUGCCAACUGAAAAUCAAGUCUCAGCAGAUCCUGAAUUAAUUAUCAAUGAUCUUGAAAUAUCAAAUAGUAAUGAUGACGAGGAUGAUGCCUUUGUUGCAUUAAUUGACAAUUCUCAAUAUUUGGAUAUAUGGAACAGACUUGUUCAAGAAGCUGCUGUUCGAAACAUUCCAGUGAUUGACAUUAUUAGCCUUGAUAAAGAAAAAGUUAUGAAGGCAGAAGGGUGUUUUAAGAGUGUUUACCAUUUAAAAAACAAUCAAAAUUCUGUUUUGCAAUAUUUUAAAAGGAUUAACGAUGAAACUUUAGAGGCAAGGUUCAAAGAAGUCGCAUUCUGUCUUAAAAUCAUUGGUGCUUCAAAUACUGGUCAAAUCAAGGCGAUUUACAAAAAUAAAAAUAACCAAUUAGUAGGAAUUUCGAUGGAAAAAUAUAAAUGUACAUUGAAGGAACAUUUAUUUGAUUCAAAGAAAAAAUUCACUGGUGGACAAAAAUUUAAAAUUAUUCGUGAUUUUGUUAACGGAAUGAAAGAAAUUCAUGACGCAGGAUUUGCUCAUAGAGAUUUAAGUGAAGUUAAUUUGAUGUUGGACGAAAAUGAUAAUCUUGUAGUAAUUGAUUUUGGCAAAGCAGAAUUUAUUGGCCGUGAAGACGCACAAAAAUGGACAAUUAAGACUAUACCUGAAGAACGAUUAAAUAUACUUCCUAAAAUAUUUACAACUCCUGAUCAUGGCUAUAAGCUUUAUCGUUCUGCCGUGACGCUUCCACAUAGGAAUAACGAUAAGACCGAAUUAAGGAAUCCAAUUGAUCCAUUGAAAGAGGAUAUAUAUUCAGUUGGCGUUUUGAUAUGGCGGAUAUUUUCUGGUCAAGCUCCAUGGGGUGGCAUUCUUGAUACCGACUUGAAGGAAUUAAGGAAAAUAGUUGGUGAUGAAAAGUUAAUAAGAUUCUAUAUUGAACGACAAGUAAUGGGCCAAAAGUCAAAAGAUCUCUUAUACAUGGCCAUAAGAUCUUCUCCUAAGGACCGCCAUAAUAUCAAUGAACUGUUGACUUUUUUGGAUCGUAAUAAAGAUAAAUUGAUUCAAGAGUGGGAUGGAACUUCCAGACGUAUCAAAAGAUCAAAGUGGUAUGAUGAUUAA